AUGGCGGCGACAACUACGCGGAAGAAUGCGGCCUCUCACAAAGCUGUCCCUGCAUCAACACCGAGUCAGACCGGCAGUGAUGUUGUUCGGACUCAGCCUGGCAAGAAGAAGAGCUAUGCAUCAGAGGGUGUCACAGACAACGAUGUGUUCUUGUUACCCAUGAGCGACUACCAGGUUAUGGCGCUGCUGACCCUGCUCGCUGCUGUGGUCCGCUUGUUCAGGAUCUACCAGCCUACCAGUGUCGUCUUUGACGAGGUCCACUUUGGUGGCUUUGCGACAAAAUACAUCAAGGGCAAAUUCUUCAUGGACGUCCACCCUCCUCUUGCCAAGCUCCUCAUCACUCUUGCUGGCUGGCUGGCCGGCUUCAAUGGUGACUUCGACUUCAAGGACAUCGGAAAGGACUACCUCGAGCCCAAGGUGCCAUACGUGUCAAUGCGCCUGCUACCUGCGAUUCUCGGCGUCCUUACCAUUCCUACCAUGUUUCUGACGUUAAAAGCAUACGGGUGCAGGACAGUUACGGCUUGCUUGGGUGCCGCACUCUUGAUCUUUGAAAAUGGCUUGGUUACACAAUCCCGCUUGAUUCUUCUCGAUUCGCCCUUGGUCAUCUGCACCGCUUUCACCGCUCUGGCAUGGACAUGUUUCUCAAAUCAGAAUGAGCUGGGUCCCGAACGCGCCUUCGAUGCUAGUUGGUGGUUCUGGCUUGCGGCUACCGGUCUCGGCCUGGGUGCAACUGUCAGCGUCAAGUGGGUUGGUCUGUUCACCAUUGCCUGGGUCGGCAGCUUGACCCUUCUUCAGCUCUGGGUCUUGCUCGGAGACAGUGUCAACGUAACUCCCAGAAGGUGGGCUAAGCACUUUUUUGCGCGGGUUUUCUGUCUCAUCGUCAUCCCGGUGGCAUUCUACGUCGGCAUGUUCGGCAUCCACUUUCUCUGCCUGGUCAACCCUGGUGAUGGAGAUGGGUUCAUGUCUUCCGAAUUCCAGGCAACAUUGAACAACAAGGGCAUGGCGGACACUCCCGCGGACAUCCUCUUUGGGAGCGAGGUAACGUUGCGACACCACAAUACUCAAGGUGGCUAUCUCCACUCUCACCCGCACAUGUACCCUGCAGGCAGCAAACAACAGCAAGUCACCCUGUACCCUCACAAGGACGAGAACAACAUCUUCCUUCUUGAGAAUCAGACUCAACCUGUCACUCCAGACAAUGUCACCGUUACCGGUCCCCAGGCAUGGGGCAACUUGACCGAGCCCAUCAAGGACGGCGACGUUAUCAGGCUGUAUCACCUCAUGACCCAUCGUCGAGUCCAUUCUCAUGAUGUCCGACCUCCCGUAACCGAGGCCGAGUGGCAACAGGAAGUUACAGCUUACGGCUAUGAAGGAUUUGAAGGCGAUGCCAACGAUCUAUUUCGCGUCGAGAUUGUCAAGUCUAUGUCCGAUGGCGAUGAGGCGAAGAAGAGACUGAGAACGAUCCAGUCCAAGUUCAAGCUUGUGCACGUCAUGACUGGCUGUGUGCUUUUCUCGCACAAGGUCAAACUGCCGGACUGGGGCUUCGAGCAGCAGGAGGUUACCUGCGCCAAGGGCGGCACUCUUCCCAACAGCGUGUGGUAUAUCGAGCAGAACCAUCACCCAAUGCUGAAUGAAACGGCCGAGAAGGUCAACUACAGAAACCCCGGCUUCCUCGGCAAGUUCUGGGAACUACAGAAGGUCAUGUGGAGGACCAACGCGGGCUUGGUCGAGUCACACGCUUGGGACUCUCGUCCAGGUUCGUGGCCCAUUCUCAAACGUGGCAUCAAUUUCUGGGGCAAACACCAUCGCCAAGUCUAUUUGCUGGGCAACCCGGCCAUCUGGUGGCCAUCGACUUUGGCCAUCUUGACCUACGUGGUCUUCAAAGGAAUCUCCAUCCUCCGCUGGCAACGCAGUUGCAACGACUAUUCCAACGUCAACUUCAAGCGGUUCGACUACGAAGUCGGCCAGACCGUUCUGGGAUGGGCAUUCCACUACUUCCCCUUCUACCUGAUGGCAAGACAGUUGUUCCUACACCACUAUUUUCCGGCCCUCUACUUUGCCAUCAUGGCCAUGUGCCAGAUCUUCGACUUUGUCUUCAAUCGCAUCUCUCUUCUCGGACUGAAGAAACGACCUGAGUUUGCCUGGGGCGUCGCAGUCGCGUUUGUAGCGUUCGCCAUUGGUGUUUUCACUUUGUACGCUCCUCUGAUUUACGGCAAUCCGUGGACACAAGAACAGUGCAGAGCUGUCAAGUUGUUUGAUACCUGGGAUUUCGACUGCAACACCUUCCAUACUGAUUAUGCCAAGUAUUCAACACCACUUCCUCCACCGUUUGGAGACGCAACACCCACAGUGCCGUCGGCUCAAAUCGACUCUGAGCGAAAAGAUACGCUUGGAGCCGCAAUUUCUCAGCAGAUCGGCGAAGGGAGAGUGAUAGCGCAAGAGGAAAAGGUCGAAUAUCGCGAUCAGGAUGGGAAUCUGCUAGAUGAGGCGCAAGUCCAGGCGCUUUUGGCAGAGGGCAAAGCGUCAUUUCAGACCAAGUACGAGACGCGGACAAAACUGGUGGAUGAGCAAGGCAAUGAGAUCAACCCAUCAGAUGUCGCGCCACCACAUCCAGAUGUAGAAGGCCAAAACCCGCAAACGAAGGGAGUCCCGGACGAGCAAGCCAAUAAGUCUCCAGCCGAAGCCGAAGCAGGAGGAUCGGUGAAGAAGGGAGACGAUGAGGGCAAAGCCAAACCUGCGAGUGAUGCGAGCGAAGCGACGAAGCAAGAACUCCUCGCCUGGCUAAAUGGCCUACUACAACUCAACAUCACCAAGGUAGAGCAAUGUGGGACAGGCGCCGCUCUCUGCCAGUUAUUCGACUCCAUCUUCCUUGAUGUUCCAAUGGCCCGAGUCAAGUUCAAUGUGAAUACGGAAUAUGCCUACAUACAGAACUUCAAGAUACUACAAAAUUGUUUCACCAAGCAUGGCAUCGAUCGAACCGUCCCCGUCGAGUCUCUUGUGAAGUGCAAAAUGCAAGAUAACCUCGAAUUCCUUCAGUGGUCAAAAAGAUACUGGGACCAAUACUUUCCUGGUCACGAAUACGAUGCUGUGGCACGACGCAAGGCCGCCGGCGCACCUGCAGCCACGCCCGCUGCAGCACCGAGAGCCAGCACAGGGUCGAGUACAACACGGAGGACAGGGACCACACCCGUCAACCGACCAGCGCCACGAGCCUCAGGGACCGCCACUGUCGGGUCCGCCGCAUUGAAGAUUGAAAACGAUCAACUCAAGGAGGCAAUCAGCGGUUUGGAGAAGGAGAGAGACUUCUACUUUAGCAAAUUGAGAGACAUCGAGCUGCUACUCCAAACCGCUUGCGAACAAGAUCCUUCCCUCGAAAAAGAUGAGAACGGGUUGAUCAAGAACAUCCAGACCAUCCUCUAUAGCACAGAGGAGGGAUUUGAGAUUCCGGAUCUGGAAGCGAACGGUGCCGAGGAGCCAGAGACAUUUUAG